AUGGCCAAUUCCAUCACCACAGACAAACCGCACUGGACUGCUCUAGCCGCAGAGAAGAAGCAAAGGCAGUUAGAAUCCAUUCCACACGAGUGGAUUGUGACACCGCCUUCGGACUCUACUCUGGACGUAUCUGCUUUUCCAGAGACAUGCGGCCUUUUGAACGCGAGAGAGAUUGAGAUCACCAAUACUUCAGUAGAUGUUUUGUUGGAGAAACUUGCAUGUGCUGCAUGGACAGCCGUAGACGUGACCACCGCGUUCUACAAGAGGGCCAUUAUUGCCCAUCAACUUGUCAAUUGCUUGACGGAAAUUUUUGUUGAUCGUGCAUUGGCCCGAGCAGCAGAACUCGAUGAUCACUUGAAGGCCACAGGACAGGUCGUUGGGCCUCUUCACGGGUUGCCAAUCUCCUUCAAGGACCAGCUAUGCAUCAAGGGACUGGAAACCACUAUAGGGUAUGCUUCGUGGGUUGGGCAGUAUGCGGACGAAAACGCAGUGUUGAUCGACAUUCUGAUUGAAUGCGGAGCUGUACCAUUUGUCCGCACUAACGUUCCGCAAACACUUGCGUGGCCGGAAACCUUCAACCAUGUCUUCGGCCGGACGACAAACCCAUACAACCGCUCUCUGACCUCGGGUGGGUCAUCAGGAGGAGAGGGUGCAUUAGUUGCUCUCAAAGGAAGCCCUUUGGGAGUUGGUUGCGAUCUCGGAGGCUCUGUUCGUAUUCCCUCUGCGUUCUGCGGCUUAUACGGCCUUAGAGCUUCAUACGGGCGUCUACCGUACUAUGGUGUCCGCGGCACACUUGACGGCCAAGAUUCGGUUCUCCCCGUGUUAGGUCCCAUGGCAAAUAGCGUCGUCGCUAUCAAGGUUUUCAUGAAAGCUGUGAUUAACACUAAACCAUGGCUCAAUGACCCUCUUGCGGUUCGGAAGAAAUGGGACGAAGACGAGUACAAUCUUGUGGACCACGGGUCUGGCAAGAAGUUGUGCUUUGCAAUCAUGUGGGAUGAUGGCGUCGUUGUCCCCCACCCACCUAUCAGGAGGUCUCUGGAAAUCACCAAAGCGGCUCUUCAGAAUGCAGGCCACAAAGUUGUUGACUGGAAACCUAUCAAGCACAAAUUACUUGGAGAUAUCACGCGUGACAUCUGGAACGCUGGUUCCGCUGAGGAAUACAUGAUCACGACCUCUGCUACAGGGGAGCCACUAAUUACAUCAAUGGGAUUAGACGCCACAAAUGUCACAGUAGCAUCCUUCCGUCCGCAGAACGACGGUAUGACAGCAUACCAACUCUGGCAAUUGCAGAAGUUGCGUCAAACAAUCCGGAAAGAAUAUCUAGACCACUGGAAAGCAACUGCAUCAGAGACUGGGACAGGACGGCCUGUCGACGCUAUUAUCUGUCCAGCCGCCCCGUUUGUGGCAACUCCCCAUGGGAAGAACAGGUACGUUGACUACACGGCCGUUUGGAACGCGCUCGACUAUGCUGCCGCCAUUUUCCCUGUGACCACUGUCGACUCCACUUUCGAUGGGAAGGCGCCUCCUCACGCUUUCUACAACGACUUCGAUAAGGAUGUUUACGAAAUGUACGAUCCGGAGAAAUUCAGGAACGCUCCUGUUUGUUUGCAACUUGUCGGUCGGACUCUGGAAGAAGAGGCGGUCAUAAGGAUGACAGAAAUAGUUGGCGCGGCGCUAUUAGCUGCCAAAUAG